GCGCAGAAGUGGGUGUGUCCGGGGCGGGGGCGCGCAGGUCCCCGAAGGUGCGACCGUCCCGGGCCCUGGGUGCCCGGGCGCCGGUGGAGAGGUCAGGCUGGCGGGGCAUCGGCCCGCGACGGCGGGUCAUGGCGGCGGGCGGCAGGCUGGAGGACGGUUCCUUGGAGAUCCUUCAAAGUAUGGAUGAUGACCCGCUUCUGGACACCCAGCCUCUCCCACACCACUCCUUACAGGCUCACUUUAGACCCAGAUUCCACCCUCUUCCUACCGUCAUCAUAGCGAAUCUGCUGUUGUUUAUACAUGUUGUGUUUGUUACUUUGGCGUUUUUAACAGGCGUGCUGUGUUCGUAUCCUAAUCCGAAUGAAGACAAGUGCCCAGAAAACUACACCAGCCCACUGAAAGUUCAGACAGUCGUCAUCCUUGGGAAAGUUAGCCUGUGGAUUCUGCAUGUGCUUCUUGACCGCUACAUCCACUAUCACCACAGCAAAGUCAGAAGCCGCGGCUAUUCCCAGAUCUACCGGUCUACGAGGCGUCUCAAAACACUCCCCCUCAUGGUCCACUCUUCUGGCAACACGGCACUGCUCCUCCUCCUCUGCGUACAGCAUUCCUUCCCUGAGCCCGGCAGGCUGUACCUGGAGCUGAUGCUGGCCGUCCUGGCCCUGGAGCUGAUCUGCUCCCUGAGCUGUCUGCUGCUGUAUGCAGUGAAAGUUAGGAGAUUCAAUAGAGCCAAGCCACAGCCUGACGUACUUGAAGAAGAAAAAAUCUCUGCUUACCCCAGCAGUGCGGCCUCUGAGACCGGCUUCAGGACUAUAUCACACCUAGAAGAAAUUGUUGAAAAGCAAGGAGACAUAAUAGCAUAUCUGAAGCGACACAAUGCCCUCCUGAGUAAGCGGUUGCUGGAACUGGCCUCUCAGCCAGCUAGAACAUGAGAGGCUCCUGGGCACGACAGCUGAGGAGUCCACGUCACUUCAGACCACCCGGCUGCCACGGACGGGACCUGCAGCCUUUGCCGAAGUCGCAGUGUGUGCUGGGAACGUGAGCCCCUGGGUGGUUAAAGCAGUCUGGAAAACUUGAGAAUGUUUUGCAUUGUUUGAAGUAAUUUAACUUCUUGACUUUUCUGGAAUCCAAGCUAUGGUUUAAGAACCCUGGAAUAAUUUGGCUGUUUGUAAAGCAAGUGUGACUUGACAAUCUGCUGUAAACGUGGUUUCAAAACUAGUGAGAUCUUGCCACAAUUAAGCUGCUGAGAGAAGGCAUUAUUUCCUGUGGUUGAUGUUUGCUUCUGAAGAGGCCCCCAUGCAUUUUAUAUGUGUGUGGGCAUCUUGGACGAGAGAAAAGUCAGAUAACUGGGUUUUUGUUUGCUUGCUUAUUUUCAGGUGCUGGGGAUCAAACCCAGAUGCCUCACACAUAAUAAGCAAAUGCUCUGCCACUAAGUCAGCUUUUACAAAGAAUUUCCUUCAGCCAGUCGUGGUGACUCACACCUGUAAUCCCAGCACCUGAAGAGCUGAGGCAGGGGCAUCACCACUAGCUUGAGGUCGGUCCAUUGCCCAGUCCAUAGAAUGAGACCUUGCUCCAAAAGCACAAAACAGUUUCCUCCUUAUAGGACCCAUCUCACAGGACAUACGCUGUGCCAUUUCUGCAGUGUGUUGUCGAGAAAUAGAAUGCCAAGAACUCCUGGGGCAAUGGGAGCCCAAGUGGUGACGUGGUGACACCUGUAACACGGUGAGACCUUCCAUGGGCCAGAGUUGAGAGACUCGGGAAAUAAUCUGCUGCUUUCACUUGAGUUUGCCCUUCCUCAAGGAGUUGCCAUGUAUCUCUCUCUUACACUGUGAUUUAACCAGUCGUUUAAUUAGCUGAGUGUGGUGGCUCAGACCUGUCAUCCUACUCCUUGCGAGGCAGACAUAGGAAGGUCAAGACUGACCAGGUCCACAGAAUGAGUUUCAGGCCAGCCGGGGCUGCAAAGAGAUCCCAUCCCCCGUAAACAAACAAACAAACAAACAAAUAAAUAAAUAAAUAAAUAAAUAAAUAAAUAAAAAUGUGUUACAGUAGAGGAAUAAGACCGUCUGUGGGUUACAUUUGACCAAAUGGUGCUGGUGAAAUGGCUCUGUAGGAAAAGUACUAGUUAUACAAGCCUGGUGACCUGAGUUUGGUCCCAGGAACCGUUGGUGGAGGAGAAGCCAAUCCUGAAAGUUGUCCUCUGGCCUUUAAACUCUCAACAAGACGCUCUUGUGUGUGCACCGACACAUGUCACACGCACACCACACAAAUACACACAAUACUACAGUUUUUCAUUGUCCAAAUAGGAAAAAGAUUCUUGUUGGUCUUGGAUUAUAGUUCAGAAUUGUGAUGGGAUUCAAAUGUCAAGUCGAUUUCUCUCUAGGUAUUAUUAAACAGAUUAAUUCCUGCAAUAAAAAUGAAGUGUUUUCAUGUGGCAAUACUUCUCCUAGAGCUCCUUUUGAUCAAUUGGUACCUUUGUUUUUGGUUUUUGAGAUAGGACCUCAUGUCACUAGGGCUGGCCUUGGAAUCUCUUGCUUCCAUCUCCCAGUUAGUGAGAUCAUGAGUGUCAGGUCUCUCUGCCUAAAAUUAGAAAGACUUUUCCCUGAGGGCUUAUGAGUGUGAUCUCUGUUCUGCAGGUUGCAGUCUGUAGCCCUGCAGAAUUAUAACAUAAUUAUAUCGGGAUAUGAUGGAUGCAACCUAAUAGGCAAGGACUGCAUUCAAUCCUACAAACUCUUGCUUGUGAACAGUAAAUUCCUGUUUCCUUUAGAUACAGCCACUGCAGGGGCAUUCUAGAAGUUUUCCUGCCCCAAGAUAAACAUAUACAUGCCUUCUGCCAGUAAUAUGGUGGAGUCCCCAAACAGUAGUAACAUUCACAUAUUGAAACCACAUCAUACUUAACAGUUGUCAGGGGCUGGAAAGAUGGCUCAGUGGGCAGGUACGCAGACGGAGCCUGCAGAAGAUGGAGUUCAGUUCCCAGACCCAGCUUGCCGUUCCUUUUGACUAUGAAUGAAAUUGGUGCCUAUCCCAGAUCUGUGACCUUUCAUAACUCUCUUGUGACAUGAACCCCAAAUCCUUUGCUCAUCCUUCUCCUGGGAUACUCUUGUGAUUUUUUUUUGUUGUUGUUGUUGUUGUUGUUGUUCUUAAGGCAAGGUCUCAGGUAGCCCAGGCUGGCCUCGAACUCCCUCUGUACUCAUGAAUGACCUUGAACUUGUGAUCCUUCUCCCUGCAUCUCUCACGUGCUGCGAUUGCGGGCGUCCCUGUCUCUGUCCCCUUUGUGGAAUAGGAAUUGAGCUCUGUCCUUCGUGCAUGCCACCAGCCGAGCUGUAUCUCCAGCUCCUUUGUUCUUCUCCCUUUUUUGUAAAUCUUUAACAUGCUUAUUUUUAAUUUAAUGACUUUAAUAAAAUUAUUGUAUAGUGUACCUACACAGAAUAGAACUCCUUAAAAUAUACAUUUUUUUAUUAAAUCUUAUUCUUUUUCUUUUAAA